GCGCGGGGGGAGGGGAGGCUCGGGGUCAAGGAGCAAACCCGGCACAAGAUGGCGGCGGUAGCGGCAGUGGCGGCGCGUAGGAGGCGGUCUUGGACAGGUUUGGUACUCACUUGUUUAGGUGUCUGUCUGGGAGUUACCCUUGCUGUGGAUAGAAGCAACUUUAAGACCUGUGAAGAGAGCUCCUUCUGCAAGAGGCAACGGAGCAUACGGCCAGGCCUCUCUCCGUACCGAGCCUUGCUGGAUUCUCUGCAACUUGGUCCUGAUGCCCUCACAGUCCAUCUGAUCAACGAGGUCACCAAGGUGUUGCUGGUGCUGGAGCUCCAAGGGCUUCAAAAGAACAUGACUCGGAUCAGGAUUGAUGAACUGGAGCCCCGGCGGCCCCGAUACCGGGUGUCAGAUGUGUUGGUGGCUGAUCCCCCUACAGCUCGGCUUUCUGUCUCUGGCCGUGACGACAACAGCGUGGAGCUUACUGUGGCUGAGGGACCCUAUAAAAUCAUCUUGACGGCGCGGCCGUUCCGCCUUGACCUGCUAGAGGACCGCAGCCUUCUGCUCAGUGUCAAUGCCCGAGGACUCUUGGAUUUUGAGCACCAGAGGGCCCCCAGGGUCCCUUUCUCGGAUAAAGUUAGUGUCACGCUCGGUAGCAUUUGGGAUAAGAUCAAGAACCUUUUCUCUAGGCAAGGAUCAAAAGACCCAGCUGAGGGUGGUGGGGACCAGCCCGAGGAAACGCCUGGGGACGGUGACAAGGCAAAGGAGACCCAGGGGAAGGCAGAGAAAGAUGAGCCAGGAGCCUGGGAGGAGACAUUCAAAACCCACUCUGACAGCAAGCCAUACGGCCCCACGUCUGUGGGUUUGGACUUCUCUCUGCCAGGCAUGGAGCACGUGUAUGGGAUCCCUGAGCAUGCUGAAAACCUGCGGCUGAAGGUCACUGAGGGUGGGGAGCCGUAUCGCCUCUACAAUUUGGAUGUAUUCCAGUAUGAGCUCUACAACCCCAUGGCCUUGUAUGGGUCUGUGCCUGUGCUCCUGGCACACAGCCCUCACCGAGACUUGGGCAUCUUCUGGCUCAAUGCCGCAGAGACCUGGGUUGACAUAUCUUCUAACACUGCAGGGAAGACCCUGUUUGGGAAGAUGCUAGACUACCUGCAGGGCUCUGGGGAGACCCCGCAGACAGAUGUCCGCUGGAUGUCAGAGAGUGGCAUCGUUGAUGUCUUCCUGCUGCUUGGGCCCUCCGUGUCUGAUGUGUUCCGGCAGUAUGCCAGCCUCACAGGGACCCAGGCAUUGCCCCCGCUCUUCUCCCUCGGCUACCACCAGAGCCGCUGGAACUAUCGGGAUGAGGCCGAUGUGCUGGAAGUCGAUCAGGGCUUCGAUGAUCACAACCUGCCCUGUGAUGUCAUUUGGCUGGACAUCGAGCAUGCUGAUGGCAAGCGGUACUUCACCUGGGAUCCCAGCCGUUUCCCCCAGCCCCUUACCAUGCUCGAACACUUGGCCUCCAAGAGGCGGAAGCUGGUGACCAUCGUGGACCCCCACAUCAAGGUGGACUCCGGCUACCGCGUACACGAGGAGUUGCAGAACCGGGGUCUGUAUGUCAAAACCCGGGAUGGCUCUGACUACGAGGGCUGGUGCUGGCCAGGCGCAGCUGGGUACCCUGACUUUACCAAUCCCACGAUGAGGGCCUGGUGGGCUAACAUGUUCAGCUUUGACAAUUAUGAGGGCUCAGCUCCCAACCUCUAUGUCUGGAAUGAUAUGAACGAACCAUCUGUGUUCAAUGGUCCUGAGGUUACCAUGCUCAAGGAUGCGCAACAUUAUGGGGGCUGGGAGCACCGAGACGUGCAUAACAUCUAUGGCUUCUAUGUGCACAUGGCGACUGCGGAGGGGCUCGUGCUGCGCUCUGGGGGCCUAGAGCGCCCCUUUGUCCUGAGCAGGGCUUUCUUCGCCGGCUCCCAGCGUUUCGGAGCUGUGUGGACAGGGGACAACACUGCUGAAUGGGACCAUUUGAAGAUAUCUAUCCCUAUGUGUCUCAGCUUGGGGCUGGUGGGACUUUCCUUCUGCGGAGCGGAUGUGGGCGGUUUCUUCAAAAAUCCAGAGCCAGAGCUCCUUGUGCGCUGGUACCAGAUGGGUGCCUACCAGCCAUUCUUCCGGGCACACGCACACUUGGACACUGGGCGGCGAGAGCCCUGGCUCUUACCUACUCAGUACCAUGACAUAAUCCGAGAUGCCUUGGGCCAGCGGUAUUCCUUGCUGCCCUUCUGGUACACUCUCUUCUAUCAGGCUCAUCGUGAAGGCAUUCCUGUCAUGAGGCCCCUGUGGGUGCAUUAUCCUCAGGAUGUGACCACCUUCAGUAUAGAUGAUCAGUUCCUGCUUGGGGAUGCGUUACUGGUUCACCCCGUAUCAGACUCCGGGGCUCAUGGCGUGCAGGUCUAUCUGCCUGGCCAAGGGGAGGUGUGGUAUGACACUCAGAGCUACCAGAAGCACUAUGGUCCCCAGACCCUGUACCUGCCUGUCACUCUAAGCAGUAUCCCCGUGUUCCAGCGUGGAGGGACCAUUAUCCCCCGAUGGAUGCGGGUGCGGCGCUCUUCCGACUGCAUGAAGGAUGACCCCAUCACUCUUUUCGUUGCUCUCAGUCCCCAGGGUACCGCCCAAGGAGAGCUGUUUCUAGAUGAUGGGCACACGUUCAACUAUCAGACUCGCCAUGAGUUCCUGCUACGUCGGUUCUCAUUCUCUGGCAACACCCUGGUCUCCAGCUCAGCAGACCCCAGAGGCCACUUUGAGACACCCAUCUGGAUUGAGCGGGUGGUGAUAAUAGGGGCCGGAAAGCCAGCAGCCGUGGUACUCCAGACAAAAGGAUCUCCCGAAAGCCGCCUGUCCUUCCAGCAUGACCCUGAGACCUCUGUGUUGAUCCUGCGCAAGCCUGGCAUCAGCGUGGCAUCUGACUGGAGUAUUCACCUGCGAUAACCCAAGGGAUGCCGGGGGGGUGGGAGGGCUGCGGCGGUGAUAAGAGUUCCUCUUCCUUCUGCCUUGGAGUGUGACCCUCCCCACACUUCACCUUUCUUAUCUGAAGACCCAGAUUCAGCCAACAUCUGGGCAGGAGGAGAAGCUGUCCCUGGGCUCUAACUUCCUCUUGUGAUCUCCCGACCUCUCCCACCCCACUGACACCGUCUCCCUCCACUCCCCCAGCACUCUGUUGCUCUAACUGGAGCACAUUCACCUGUGAAGACCUGGGGACCACGAGGCCCUUGCUUUCUCUUUUCUUCCUUUCUUUUGGGGGCCCUGAAUCCCCUCCAGACCCUCUUCAUUCAUACCUCUUGUGUGUUGAUGCCGUUUCUUGGAAGAAGAUGAGGGCAGUGAGCUUUAGGGCUCCUUUUCUCCUCCCCCUCCUCUCCCCACCAAACUGCUCUCCCUCCUUUUAUUUCUUCCUCCUGAUUCUUCUCUGUCAGCGCUCCCCUUUUUAUGCCCCACUGAUACACUGGGACCACCCCUUACCUGAUAAGGGAUGAAUGGAUCAAAGGAGUGAGGUUGCUGGAGAACAUCCUCUUCCCUGUCACCCCAACCUUUCCUCUCCCUGAUUGCUUCUAGAGCUGCUGCAGUUCUGACAGGGGCAGUUCUGUCUCCCCUGUCCCUUAGGGGAAAGAAGUGUCCACUCUCCUUUAAGAGGGGAUGGGCAUUAAACUUCUUUGGCCCCCUUUUUGUCCCCUUGAGGGGCAUUCAAGAUGGAGAAAUCAGUUGUGGUUUCAUUGAAUCACGGUCACCUGUAUUUAUUGUUCCGAGAAGGCUGAGGGUGGGGGGAGAUGAUCAUGUGUGCCCAGGGUUGGCCCGAAGCGCUGGGCGGGGGGUGGGACAGGACUAACUGGGGACAAGGGGGAAUAUUUGUGGCAAUUUUUUUUACUUCCUCUUGGCCCCCAGCUGUGACAGGUUUUGAUAAAAGGAGAAACAAUAAAGAGAGAAACCAUAAAUAACUGUUGGUGUCUGGAUUCUAGUUCUGGCCUGAGCCACAGACCCUUAGAAGAAGCCCGAGGGGCUGAGAUUUUCAUCUAGCUUCAGCAUAAGCCUCAUCGGUUCAGCAAAAUGAACAAGUGCAAGUGGUCUUCAACUUGCCAGAGGCCAGUGUUUUCACAGAGGAGUCCGGCAAGGUCAUCAGAUUUUAGUAGGCCUAGUUAAUAGUGGUGACCAGAGGGGUGCCUGGGUGGCUUCUUCGGUUAAGCAUCUGACUUCCUCUCAGGUCGUGAUCUUGCGGUUCAUGGGUUUGAGCCCCGUGUCAGGCUCUUGUGCUGACAGCUCAGACUGGAGCCCGCUUCAGAGUCUGUCUCCCUCUCUCUGCCCCUCCCCCACUCGCACUCUUUCACUCAAAAUAAACAUUAAAAAUAUUUUUUUAAUGGCGUCUGGGUGGCUCGGUUGAGGGUCCGACUUGAUUUUGGCUCAGGUCAUUAUCUGGUUUGUGAAUUCGAGCCCCGCGUCGGGCUCAGCUCUGGCACUACAGAGCCUCUUUGAGAUCUU